ACGUGUCUGCCAGCAGCCAAUGGGAAGUGAUAAUGCGCAUCUCCUUUUACUUUCAUUUCCUGAGCUGCGGUAGAAGAAGCGGAUAGAGCAGGGGGCGGGUCAGUGUGAAAGCUCAGGGAGCCGCCUGGAGAUAAGGAAUGCGGAACAGACACUGCAGGGAGCGGGGAAGGGAGAGCCCGGUGCACUAGAUUCCCAGUUACUGACUCCCUGUGAGACUCUCACCGACCCAAACACUCAGCACAUGGGAGGCACCACCAGCAGCAACAACAACAAACAGCCCAGCAUGCCGCGGGAGGGAGCUGCAAGUUUCCACAAGCUGGAAGAAGAUAUCACCUGCUCUGUGUGUCUCAGUGAGCUUACGGAUCCGGUAUCCAUCGCCUGUGGCCACACCUUCUGUGAGAAGUGCAUUUCCUCUUAUUGGGACACCCCACAACUAUGGGGCUACCGCUGCCCCGAAUGUAGGAAGGUUUGUCCCAGAGACCAGCUGAUUCCUGUCCAUAGACUGAAGAAUCUGAUCUCUAAAGUCCAGCUGGUGGUGAAAGAAGAGCUGGCCAAGAAGGAGACCCCAGCCCACGCCAUUCCGCUGGUUUAUACAGACAGUGAUGGGCACCUGCAGACAGAUGAAGCCACUGUAGAAAGCUGUUUUCUGGGAAGUGAUGUAUCCGAUUACCCCGUAGUCUUAAUAUGUGUGAUCGGAGAGAAACGCCGCGGCAAAUCCUUCCUCUUGAACUACAUUCUGAGGGCUCUGUCCUGCCAGGAAAGGGGUCAGCCGAUCAGCUUGGGAGCAGAGGAUGAGCCUCUCUGUGGAUUUGAUUGGAGUGCAGGGACAGAAAGCAUCACCAAGGGGAUCUGGAUCUGGAACAAGCCGUUCAUUCUAGAACGCAAUGGAGAAAAGAUGGCGGUGUUUGUGUUGGACACAGAGGGCUCCCUGGAUAUUGAGGGUUCAAGAGACACAAGCAUUAAGCUUUCUGCCUUAUCCAUGAUCCUCAGCUCCUAUUUGAUUUUCAAUGUAAACUCAAGCCUGAAAAGAACAGAACUGGAUUAUCUGGAGAUGUAUCUUUAUGUGGCAGAAUUGGCCGGGAAAUCCUUUGAUCUGCAGUACUUACAGCACCUGGAUCUACUGAUCAGAGACUGGCAUGAUUCGCUGAAUUGUCGGAGAGAAGACGGCCAGUCAUAUAUAAACCGUGAGACUGAGACCAUGAGAAAGACGUCUCAGUAUCCCUUUGUGUUGGACACCCUGAGAAGUCCAUCAGUGAGCUGCUGCCUCUUGCCCCACCCUGGAAAAAAACUGCUGGGAGACAGCCAGGGAAGGAUUUCAGACAUGGAUGAUGAUUUCAGGAACCACCUUCGAAACUACAUAACGGACCUUGUACGAGGCAUCUGGCGCCACGUUAAAACCGAUAUCCAUGGAGAGAAAGUGACCUGCGCCCAGCUGGAGGCAAAAUUAAAGGAAUUCGUGGGCCUGUUGCAGAAAGAGCAAUACAGCUUUGCCUCCCCAUUGGAGAUGUUCUUUACAUUUGAAAAUCGCAAGAAUAUGGCCAGUGUUAAAAGGGAAUUCCUGAAUCGCAUUGAUAAUCUGGCCCCGGCCAGUUCUUCUCUGUUCAAGAUUUUGGGAGUGACCCCCAACAAAAUGAAGUCCAAGACCAGUGAAGCUGCUGCCCAUUUUCUCGCUGUCUAUGAAGAAUCAAUUAAAGGUGAUGGCAGCCAAGACCGGCAGCUGCUCAUGGACGAAAUGAAAUCCAUUUUGCUCGAAUCGGAGGAAAAAUUCCAUGAUGAAUACUCCAAGCGGUUCAAGAAGUGCGCCAUAGGGAUUGGCUGCGCUGUGGGGGGUGGGAUUUUAAGCUUGGCCGGAGGAGUGGCUGGAGCUGCGGUAGCUGGAACGGUAUUGGCCGCUGAGGCUGUGGCUCUGAUGGGCAGCACUACAGCGGCGUUGAUUACAGGGGCCGUGGGAGGGACGGUGACAUUGGGAGCCAUUGGCACAGGGGUGGGGGCUGGAGUCGGGGCUGGGGUCGGAGAGGCAAUUGCAAACAGAAAAGCAGAAACAGAGCAGGGAACGGCAGAAGAUGGCGGAGACGGGUCCGGAGCAGACAUACAGCUACUGGUGGCACCUGAAAAGUAACCGGAACUUCCAUUAAGUAAGAGCAACAACGUGAUGAGUUUAAUUUGCAGGCAGAAACCAUAGUGUGAGGGGGAGAUAUAUUGGAUUGUGCCUUCAACACUUCCUGUUAGAACUUUGCUUUCAGGAUACUGGAAAAUGUAGAUGCCUGGGGGGUCCCUGGAUUCCUCCCCUGCAGGAGACUGAGUAAUUACUAGAGGGCUUUCUAUUGCUGCUGAGAUGGAUAUGAAGCAGCCCAGUCCCACCCUGGAGACAACUGAUUGUUGGUGCGGCUCGUGGGUUUUUUUUAGUAACUUUUUUGAAACCGCUUCGUAUCUAUUAGAGGUUCCUAUUUUUGUACGUAACGCACUGGUGACAAGCGGUUUAAACCUUAACAGAAGGGCACUUUGUUUACUUGUAUGGGGGGGGGAUAUAGCGAAGGUUGAACUUUCUGUCAUUGUUGGAGAGGAAUAAACUUAUGGAUAUUGCACUGUAUGUUUUUUAUAUGUAUCUGGUGGAUCCUUCAUGCAAAGGAUUAAUCCUGCUCUAUUUAACCCUGUCAGUGCAGAGGAGAUAUAUUUAAUUAAAGCAGGAUUUUCUGGUA